UGUUUUGAACGGCUGUCCUGCAGGCUACCCAUAGCGCUUGGUAUCAGCGGCAAUUGGAUGGGGCACAAACUGACAGUUUAAAAAAAAAAAAACAACAACAAACAGGACAUACAACAGUAAUAUAAUUUAGUUUACUACAAGGUCACUAAACAAAUUUGGCAGUAUCUGAGAAACAUCGUUAGAGAAUCCAAUGCUGGUUGCAGAUUUGAAUUCUUUGUGAUUGCACCAAUGGCAGUACAGGCUGGGAUUCAGGUGUGGUUUGGAGAAAGGUUUGACGUUCCUGUUGUGAGCCCUAGAAGUCCUUUGACUCCCAGACAUGGACCAGGCUUAACUGAUGUUUUCCAGUAUGACCAGUGGCUUUCGGUGCGACAUGAAGCCACCCUGGUGCCCAUGCAGGAAGACUUGGCUAUCUGGCUGAGCGGCAUGCUGGAUGAAGAUGUAAAGGCGGACAGUUUCAUGGAGGAGCUGGAUAAUGGGGUCCUACUUUGUCAGCUGAUCGGGGUCCUUCAGAGCAAAGUACGAGAGUGCUGCAAGACAGACAAAUGGAAACAUUUUCCCAUGAAGAAAGUCGCCUGCAAAAAAAACGCCCCUUCAGGUUCCUUCUUUGCUCGUGACAACACUGCUAAUUUCCUAUGCUGGUGCCGAGAUGUAGGCGUGGAUGAGACAUACCUCUUUGAAUCUGAGGGUUUGGUUUUACACAAAGAACCAAGGCAGGUGUGCCUUUGCCUGCUAGAAAUUGGAAGGAUGGUAUCCCAGUACGGUGUAGAUCCUCCAGUUCUGGUUAAGCUGGAAAAGGAAAUUGAGUUGGAAGAAACGCUGCUCAUCACCACAGGACCGACUGCCCCUAUCAAAACUUUCAGUGUGUGCUGUAAUCAUGGGGACCUUCAUGAAGCCGUUCAGAACAUUGCAGAAGACCCCCCUUGCAAUUGCUCUCACAGGUUUUCAAUUGAAUAUUUAUCUGAGGGCAGAUACAGACUGGGAGAUAAAAUUCUGUUCAUAAGGAUGUUACAUGGAAAGCAUGUGAUGGUACGAGUAGGUGGUGGGUGGGACACCCUUCAAGGCUUCCUGUUAAAGUAUGACCCCUGCCGAGUGUUACAGUUCACCACCCUCGAACAGAAAAUCCUUGCUUUUCAGAAAGGAGUCUCGGGUUCUCUUGACGUUCCACCAUCCCCGGCCAGGACUCCUCAGCCACCUACUAUGAACCCCUUAUCGGCAAUUAAUCUGCAGUCCUUGCCUUCUAAGCCUAGCUCUGCUGCUCCAGUACCCAGACUAACUACUAACAGAACACCAACCCCAUCGAAAUGCCCACACUCCCCUGCAACAACACCACGGCUAGCGAAAAAACUUCCUCCACCUCAAAGUAAAUCUCCACAGCCGCCCUCUACACUGACUGGGGUUAGACCUCAAGACUACUCAUCCAAAAGCCCCUACUCUUCGGCCAGAACACCUAUAACAUUAGCAAAAAAGUUAGAAAACCAGGCAAGGCGUCCCCAGUCACCUUUGACACAUUCCCCAAUGGUGUCCAGACUGAAGCCCUCAUCUAAAUGUGAAACACCCCCAGCUUUAUCUAGGAGUCCAUCUAUUUGUUCAGAACCAUCUGCUAAAUGUCCCAAGCCGUCAACCAGGAAUCCAAGACUCUUCUCCAAACUCACCCCCUCACCCCCCAGGUGCCACCCUGUACCCUCUGGAUCAAGGACACCUUCGGUUUGUUCAGAACCCAUUAAUUCACUGAUGUCGACUCCAAGAAUACCGAGUAAAAAGGCACCUGAAAAGCCCAAACUACCUACGGCCAGCACAGCAUCACCAGCUUCUUCUGUUCAUAGAAGGCUUUCACAAAGACGGCCUGGGUCUCCUGCAGCAAUGCUGAGGUUGAACACGAAAGGCGUUCAGCCCUCUGAACAACAACAUCCUUCUUCACCUAGGACUGGAAACGCCACCAAAUCAGAAACCCCUGCUAAAAACAGUCAAACAUCCAGGCCGUUACCUGCUUUAGGUCGUGUACCUCUCAAAUCUUCCGCAAAGAACCAGACCCUAUCCUCUGGGACUACAAUCCCUAAGAUUUCAGCUAAAAUACCGCUGUCCACUGAUAUAGUUGGUAAUAAUCUACAGACCAAAAGUCAUCCUUCUCCAAGGACCAUUUCAAAAAACACCAAAGCACCCAGAACUCCUACUGCUAAUUCUAAUAGUUCUCUGAGGAAACCAUUGUCUGUAGUUAAGAUUCCCCAAACUGUAGCCAGAACUCCAGAGACUCCAACAACCACAACACAGACAGCAGGUAAGACUGCAGCUUCUGCAAAGGGACCUCCAAAGUCUGGAAAAGCGCAAGGUUCAUCUAUAAAAAAGCCUUAUUCAAAUACAAAGAUUGUGCCUUCUGUAACAAGACCCCCUGCAGUGAAGACCAAAAAUAAAGAUGCCUACUUUGAAAUGAAUGGCAAGAAGAAACAGAAAAAAUAAAAAUUAGAGUGAAAGUUCUAUCAGCACAAGUGCUGCAACGUUUGAUUUAUAAAAGCUGACAAACAUCCUGUAAAUAUGGUGCUACCUUUUAAAGCAGCAGUACGGAAGAUGAACAUGCUUAAGGUCAAGCGGAAAGGUACAUUGCAACGAUGAGCUAUUCAUUUAUUGAUAAACUUUGUUUAAUUCAAUAAAAUAUUGUUUGUUCAUUGGUGGUGAACUAUGUUUUUUUUAGAACAAUAUUAUGUAACCAGGAUUGUAUUUAUGGUAUAAGAAACUACAGUGUAAUUUAUAAUAAAGGGGGGAUUACAAUUUAUGUAAUCCACUUAACCGCUAACAGUGGUAUUAUUGGUUCCUGUCAACUGAAUGUCUUUUGGUUCUUUGCAGAAUUACUUUAAUUUGUGACAGACAGAUGUGUGAAAUACAAUCAUGUGCCUAAUUAGCAAAUACACUUGGUAGAGGAGGCAAUAGAUCAUGGAAACAUAGAUUGGGCCAUGCAGCUGAUGUCUUGAAUUGUUAUUACAUGAACCUCUUAACAUGGGCACGGUUCUUCUCAGUGAUGUUAUCUUGUUCACAGCGUCUAAUUCCCCCCCUCCCCCCCAAGGGACGGAGUUAGUUUGUAUCCCAGCUAAAGAUAAUUUUUUGGUCCUUUUCCAUUUUCUUUCAUGACCAAGUUCAUGUGUGCUCAGUGCAGUUUAUUAAGUGCACUCAGUUCAUUUAUAUGGUAUAUGAACCGGAUGCUUACAAUAUCCUGCAAGGCAUAUUGAAAGAUGGCAGCUAUUGAUAUAUUGCUACAGUUUUUAAUAUAGCGUGUUUUGGAUUCUUGCAUAUUGCUGUGGAAGAAAGCAC